UCCACAUCCGCCCGCACUGGACUCAUCGUCGCCAUCGCUCGCACCGCACUGUUUGCCGAACCCGAACCCGAACCCGCAGCCGCCUGAACCGCCUCCAUCCGCCCUCCCGUCGCUGCAGCAAAUGCAUUCGGAGCCGCUCGUUGCAGCACAGCCUCCCGAGGCGACCCUGGAUGCCCCACCAAGCCCGGCCCCUGUCGAUGCCACGCUCGAGGAGGAUAUUCCUCACUCGAGCCCAUCCGCCGAGCCGUCAUUGCCGGCAGACGCUUCAGUCAAAGGCCGGCCUCGGGCCAAUACCGAAGAGCAGUCCGCCGACGACGAGCAGAGUCUUCUGCGUCCGCGAAACCGUGCUGACUUUGAAUGGGGUGAGAUUUUGGGGGAAGGCUCGUUUUCCACAGUCGUCCAUGGCCGCGAGCCAGCAACCAACCGGCAGUACGCCGUCAAAAUCCUCGAAAUAAGCCGGGUUGUGCGGUACGACAAGGUCCGGUACGUCUAUGUCGAGAAGCAGGCCCUCAAGAUUCUACAGCAUCCGUUCAUCAUUCGGCUUUACUACACAUUCAAGGACCGCGAAAGCCUGUACUUUGUGCUUGAGCUGGGUGAGAAGGGCGACCUGCUCCAGUUUAUCAAAAGUGUAGGUGUCUUUGACAUGGACACGGCCCGAUUCUACACAGCCGAGAUCGUCACCGCCGUCGAGUACAUCCACAGCUGCAAUAUUCUGCAUCGGGACCUCAAGCCCGAGAACAUCGUCCUGGAUGGCAAGGGUCACAUCCGAAUCACCGACUUUGGAUGCGCCAAAAUCCUAGAAAACGACCCAACAGCCGACCCGGAGGGUUCCACUCUGAAGAAAAAGCGAUCGUUUGUGGGAACGUCCGAGUACUGCUCGCCCGAGCUGCUGCUGGACCAACCCAUCGCGUGGCCAUGCGACGUAUGGGCGAUCGGAUGCAUGCUGUAUCAAAUGCUGGCCGGACGACCGCCGUUCAAGGGUGCCAAUGAGUAUUUGACACUCCAGAAGGUUCAGAACCUAGAGUACAGCUUUCCGAGCGACUUUCCUGAAGUUGCGAGAGAUCUGGUGCAGCUGAUCUUGACCCUGGACGCUGACGAGCGAUACACGAUUCCGCAAAUCAAGGCACAUCCCUUCUUUGAUGGGUUCGAUUGGACGGACCUCCAUCUCCAGACGCCGCCGGUGCCGCUGCCGAGGGAGGUGCCCGUGUAUUUCGACUCUCUGGAAGCAAUCGCCCAGCGGCUCCCCACGGCUGUCGCUGAACAGGGCGGUGCCGAAUGUGUCUAUAACGAUGGCUACUCGGAUUCGGAAGCCGGCUGGCCUGACGCUGAAGCAUCCGACGUGAUGCCCAUAUUUUUCCACGAGCCGAUAGCCCUGAGCCGGAAAGCCAACGCAAGUGUCGACGAAAGCAGCAUCCUGAGCGAAACUCAUCUCAACCUAUAUCGCGACGAUGAUCGGCCUCAUCCAAUUGGGGUCCCCACCAUUGUCGACUGCAGCGAGACGGAUACACAGUCGAUGGUCUCGCACAACCAUGGAAUGUCCGGGACUCUCGGAAGGACCGGCAAUCGCAACCAGUCCGAGCACAAUCCUCCGGCCAACGUCGAUCUUCGGAAGCAAUCUAUUAUCAAGCAGGCAGAGUCGAAUGGCGAGGAUACAGACUCUGGCACGAACAGCCCAAAGUCCCGCAACGAUAGUCGCGACUCAAGCUCACCCGAUCUCUAUGGAACGCCCUCCAACCGGCGGCUUUCACGAAAUGAGCACAACAUCGCCAUGGACUUUAGCCGCGACGCCCUAGUGACCCAAUUUAUGGCCAAGAACAAGCUGGGAUACUCUGUCGGAGACUCUGCCAGGGACAUUGCCUCCUCGGGCGACAUCCGCGACUCGAGUUACAGCAUCGAGUCGGCCACAACAAGCCCGUCGUCGGCUUUGGCAUCCGAGUUUUACAACGAUCGCGCUGCCAUGGCGAUGGCGACUCUCCCACGGUGGUCCGCAGACAUGGGUACCCGAGACAUGGGCGCCCGAGACAUGAGCCCGCGGGAUCAGGGGAUGAGGCUUCCUGGCGAAGUCGUCUUUGAGUACAACGAGAAGGGUGCACAGAAGCGAUGGAACCUCCGAGAGAUGUUCCCGGGCGACCGGAUUCUGAAGCACGGGCUCGUGACUCGCAAAAAGACAUUUUUUUCAAAGCACCGACUGCUGGUGCUGACGAACAAGCGGCUGCUCGUUGUCGAUCCGGCGCAAGCAACUGUGCGAGACGAGGUUGUGCUGAAGGACGAGUUUUCGAUCGAACUGAAGAACGCACGCAGAUUCACCAUCACGAUGCAGAAGAAGGCGUGGGUCUUUGACGACCGCACGGGCGGCGCUUCAGACUGGGUCGAUUCAAUCAACUCGGCGCGGCCAUGAUCUGCGCCUGGAAUUGUCGGUCGGGUGCAUGAUACGGCCCCUCCCACGGCGUGUUUUUGUCCGAACGAGACGCCGUCUCCCACUGUUUUUUCCAACACUAUAUUCAGGGGAAAUGGGACACCUGCCCACAACCCAUUUGUCGGCGUAGUAUGCGAUGGCGUGCGUCUAACUAUGCCAUAAGAAAUAGAACAGAUC